UGAGCCUGGCUCUGCUGCGGAGGGUGGAUAAAGGAGCCAGGCGCCCACCUGCUCUCCAGCGGCUGCAGCUGGGAUGAAUCCCACAGGGGCAGAUGGUAACAGCCACGGUGGGGAGCGCGGCCCUCCUCCCCAGCAGCUACGCAGGAACUUGGGCUUCGGGACCCCUCACUCAGGGCCUAGCGGCCUCUUCGCGCCUGACAGGGUCUGCCGGUACUUCCAGCUCGGCUUCUGUUUCCAUGGAGACAGAUGCAGCUAUCAGCACCUGUUGCUCUCCCGCCCCCUGGAGUGGGGUCGCCGCUAUUCAGCACCGCUUGUCCCCGUGCAGGGGCCCUGGCUAGGACUGACCCGCAGGGCCUCGGAACCCAGCUUCCUGCCCUCCGCGCCUGUGAGCUGGGCCUGGGGCUGGACCAGGGCCCAGUUGGCCAGCGCACUGGGCCUGCAUGAGGCUCCUGGCAGCUCCCGGAGGUCCCUGUCUGCAGCAUCUGCUGCCAGGGACCCCAGCCACGCCCAGGAGCCUCAGCCUGGCUUGCACCUUGUCCAGGAGCUCUCGAACACCUUGCAGAGACUGGACCUGGCAGAGGACUUGGUGGGGGACCCUCAGGGCCAGCAGGACAGCCGGGACGUGGUGUGCGGCAUCUGCAGGGACAGAGUAUGGGACAAGCCUGAGCCUGAGAGGGUCUUCGGCAUCCUGCCCAACUGCAGCCACCCCUACUGCCUGGGCUGCCUGCGUACCUGGCGCCAGACCCUCAGCCUGCCGCCAACUGUCAUCAAGGCCUGCCCCCAGUGCCGAAUCUACUCCAGCUACAUCAUCCCCUGCAAGGUCUGGGUGAGUGCCGGACCCCAGAAGGAGCGGCUCAUCCGGGACUUCACGGCUCGGACCCGCCAGAUCCAGUGCCGGUUCUUCAUGCAGGGGAAUGGCUACUGCCCCUUUGGAUCCCGAUGCAUCUACCUGCACCAGCUCCCUGAGUCAGCGCUGGCCUCAGCUUCUCUCUGGCCUGAGAUGGUGCGGCUGGUUCAGGCCAGUGAUUUGGGACUCAGACGUAGGGGUCUAUAAUGCAAGCCCCUGAUGACUGCAAACCUCUGUUGUAGGUGCCAUGGAGGGGAUAGAUGGUCGCUAGACCCAAUGUGGCUCCACAGUUCUGUGUCCAGCCCCCAUCCCAGCCCCUGGGGUGAGCCCUGUUCCCUGUCGCUGGGCCCCUGCGGCUGAAGCUGGUCCUUCUCUCCCCUCACAGGUGCUGGGCUCAGAGUUGUCUUUCCCAGGCUGUACCCUGGCUCUGCCCCUCUGGGUCUCCAGCUCCUGCUGGAUCUUAGCAGUUCCUACUAGCGUGGCCUUCUGCAUGGGCAAGGGACAGGGUGUAGGUGGCAGGCCUUCCCCUUGUGGUUUGGUGGUGGGAAAGGAGCAGGUCCUCUACUUACAGCUGGGGAUGUGAGGCGAGAGGGCUCCCAGGAUGAAGGAGGCUCUUGAUGCUCAUCAGGGCCUGGGUUUUUAGCUUUGCUCUUUUGUAGGACUUGGAAAGGAAAUCAAUAAAAUGCACCUAAUGCAUGACUGUGAGUUCUGCAGAGUGGU